UCAGUUGAACUUUCUUUUUUGUUUUUAUUAUUUUCAUAUGCCGCUUGCUUUCAAUUUGUCUUUCUCUCUUAAUAUAUAUGUAUGAAGAAUUGGUAGUAGUAGUAGUAGCAGCAGCAGCAGUAGUAUUGAUAAUGGAGCUCGUUUGGUCCCAAUUCUGUUAGGGCUCUAGUGUUGCCCACCCAAAUUCAACUCGUUUUUACUUAUACGAUAUAAUUUCGUUAAUUAAUUAAAAUAUUGUGGCAUUGGUGGUGAGGGGAAACAAUCGGAGAGAAUGAAUAGCGUUUUCAGCGACCAGAUACUUGCCGACAAGCUCUCCAAGCUUAACAGCACCCAGCAGUGCAUCGAAACUUUAUCACAUUGGUGUAUAUUUCACCGGAGCAAAGCAGAAGUGGUUGUUGAAACAUGGAAGAAACAAUUUGACAAAUCUGAGAUGGUUCAAAAAGUUCCCCUUCUAUACCUUGCAAAUGACAUCUUGCAGAAUAGCAAGCGGAAAGGAAAUGAAUUCGUGACCGAGUUUUGGAAGGUUCUCCCCUCUGCCCUUAAAUAUGUUGAUGAGAAGGGUGAUGAUCAUGAAAAGAAAGUGGCAUCUAGACUGGUUGAUAUAUGGGAGCAAAGGAGAGUGUUUGGAUCUCGGGCAAAGAACCUUAAAGAUCUAAUGCUUGCAGAAGAAGCACCUACACCAUUGCAAUUCAGCAAAAAGAGAUCACGCUCUGGUUCUUUAAAAAUUGUUAAAAGGGAUUCUCGCUCCAUCAAAUUGAAAUUGUCCAUAGGAGGUCCAGCAGAAAAAAUAGUAUCUGCAUUUCAUUCGGUGCUCACUGAACAAUCCAUUGAAGAUGCAGAGAUGAGUAAAUCCAAGUCUGCUAUUCAACACAUGAAAAAGAUGGAAAACGAUGUUGACAUUGCGUGCUCUAUUGCAAUGGAUCCUAAGCGAAAAACUUUGUCAAAGGAGUUAGAAAAGGAAGAGAAUACCUUGAAACAGUGCAUAGAGAAGCUUAAAUUAGUUGAAGCAAAUAGAGUUGUACUUGUCUCUCAUUUAAAAGAAGCUUUGCAUGAGCAGGAAGCGGACCUGGAGAAUAUUCGCACUCAGAUGCUGGUUGCACAAGCAAAAGUAGAAGAGGCUAGCAUCAUGCGGGCACGACUUGAUAAUGAAGAUUCUUCGCAAAAAGCGACCACUGCAACAACCUCACUUGCUGUUGCAAAUGGAAAUUCAGAAGCAGCAACAAAAAAGUCAGCAGCAGCAAUCGCUGCCGAGGUUGCAGAUAAGCUCACAGCAUCAUCAUCAUCUCAGUUGAUCAUGACUUCUGUUCUCUCAACAUUUGCCGCCGAAGAGGCGAAAAGUGCUGGCCCGACUUCGUCCGAGUCAACCACACAACAGUUGAUUGCUGCACAAAACCAUUCAUACCCAUCAGUUUUGGUAACCCAACCAAUCCUGCAGGAUGUAGCCUCUGCAUCCCAAGGUCAGUAUCCCAUGCUUUGUAAUCCGUCUACGCAGCAAUAUGUGCAGUCAACGGGAGCUGCCCACUCUCCAUAUUAUGUCAGCAUCUCGCCAGUGCCAGUGCCGCUGCCGCAGCCACCACCCCCAGCUCAUGUAGCGGCGAUGAUGCCUUUACCACAUCAGACGCUGCCAAUCAUGCAACAACAAUCAAUACCUGUACCACAGCGAGCCCCUGCGCCUCCUAGUUUCCGGCCACUACAGCCGCCGGGAAUGGUGUACUAUACUAAUCCUCAGCAAUCUAUAUAAGACCUAUAAUGGCGAAACCGUAGUUAACAUGACCGUUUUGGAAACAAGCGAAUUCUGGAUAUUUGGAAUUUUAUUUAUGUUACCAUGAAGAACGCAUGGGACUUGAGAUUGAGCUGGAAAAUGGAAGCAAAGAUUACAUAUAUACCUGGAAAUGGGAUGGAGAGGAAUCAGACCCGCAUGAAUUUCUUAGAGAGGAAGUAUGAAGAGCCAACAUCUUCGACCAACGUUGUAGUUAACACUUAACAUUCACCACUUAAAAUUGAACAUUAAAAAGAACCCUCCAAAAUAAUAAAAAAUAAUUAAAACAAUUAAAACAUUCAAAAGUAAAAAAUUAUUUGAAAAUCAAACAACGUAAAACCACUUUAGAGUAUAGAAUUUAGGAUUUAGUGUUAGGAUAUAGAGUGGUCAGAAGUGGUGGCUAGCUGGCAGCGGUAGCCAUGGCAGUAGGAGGUGAUAGUAGUGGUGUUGAAAUUAUGUGACGAGAAGAAAGAAGGGAAAGAAAAAAGGGGGUAAAAAAGUAAUUUAAAAAAUUGUGAAUGCAGGAAUUUUAUGUCGGUUUCAUAACAUUACUAAACGAAAUUCACUUAAGCCUAACCUAAGUAAACAGAUUAUAAUGAGCUAGUGUUGAUUUCAACAUACCAUUGCAAGUGAAAAACGUAUAUUAGCAAUAAAUAAAAAAUAACAUUUAGUGUAAAUAAAUAUUGACCGGGAAAUAAAUAGAUAAGUGCUAAUUGUACAUUUAAAUAAGGUGUUUGUUAAUUUUCAACUCAGUUUGAAGGUAAAAAAAUAAUAGGAUUGAUAUUACAUAUUAGAAUAAGAAUUAUGAAGUUGGGGGAAUGGAUUUUUUUUUUAAUUGAUGGAAUAAAGUGUAAUUU